AUGCAUUCACGGACCGUUUCCACAAAGAGUUCCCCAGCAAGCGACGCGUCCAGGGAUCGUCUAUCAUGCGAGCCGUGUAGGGCAAGAAAGAUUCGCUGCACGGGCGAGCAUCCCGUCUGCUCCAGGUGCUUUUCCAAGAACCGGGAUUGCUCGUAUUCCAUCCAGAAGGCGGCGGGAAGGCCUCGAACUCGUCAGCAGUCAGCGCUUGGCCGAGAUGGACGGUCUCGUCGGCGUCGUGCGAUCGAACUGGUCCCAUCGCCAGAAUCGUUGUUGGAUUUGAGUCAAGACGCCAGUGAGCCAGCGUCAGAGCCUCCGAGCAGUGUUCACCAGACUCCAAGCAGCCGGGACAAUGAAUCGGAAGCGUUAGGGGAGGCCCAGGCUGCUCACCAUGGUGUCCCGCCAUUCCUAGCCGACUUUGAGAGCUACAUGCAUUCUCAGCCACAAGAAUGUUCCGGAUUGAUGCCUACGCUACCACUUGGCACCCUCAAUCACUCCGAGUGUAUCCAGCCCUGCGCAUGCCUGUCCAUCCUAUACCUCCUCCUUAAUCGACUGGGAUCCGAUGCCGAGCUGGUCGUACCAAACGACCUAGCCUUCCUUCGUAAUACGGUAGAAACGGCGAUGGAUGUUCUCGACUGCGCGAAAUGUCCCCUCCGGUUCUCAUCCGUUCUUCAAAACGCAACGAUUCUCGGCAUACUCUGUGUCUGCAUUGCCGAAUCCUACGUUAGGUUCGUCAGAACCAUCGAUUCAAAGGUUAAGGCGGCCAUAGAAAAAGGAGAAUCUCUGCUGGUCAGUCUUGGUAACUUCGAGGGCCCCCCUUCCUACCCGGAUCAGUCCAAGGUUGGAACAAACCCAGCCUCCAUCCUCGUCGAGGUGUCGCCCGAUCAGUGGAAGAGUCUAAUGCACAACGCGGUCAAAGCCGAGAUAUGUGGUGUUGAAGGCCAUCGCGAAAAGUGCUUCAUGCAUUUCAUCAAGCGACUGGAGGAGCGACAGACGGACUGGCAUCGGCAGCCUCUGGCCCCGGACUGUCCACCGACUUAUCAGUCAGCCUGUACCUCCGUGGAUGAGGUGCCGCUUUGUCUGACAAUUAUAAAGGCUGCAAGGAAGGUUCUUGACCAGAUUGAACACAUCUUGCAGUGA